AUGGCAGGUUUGAUUGUGAACGUAAUGACACUGAGUGUCUUCUUUCUUCCUGGUGCUUUGGCUACUUGUUCUGAACAAGUACACCUCCAUAUCACUGCACCAGAGACGAUGGAAACACUGGAAGGAUCUUGUUUACAAGUCCCAUGUAACUAUACCGCUGUGGAUGGAGGAGAUGCUGACUUUAACAAAAAUAGACAGAUAUUUGGACUGUGGAUGGAAAAACAUGCUGAUGCUACACAAGAUAACAUCUAUCCUACCACAAUUAUUGGAAACCUGAGUGAGAACAACUGCACCUCUCUGUUUUCUAAUGUGACCAAAACCAACAGGUACUUGUUCAGGAUUAAGAAUGAUCCAUUCAAGGCUACAGCUAAAUGUGAUGGUCUUCAAAUUAAGGUCAAAGAUUAUCCUUGGAUCCCCACCAUGACCAUCUCAGGUGAUCUGAAGGAGAAUGAGCGUGUCACUAUAACCUGCUCAGCUGUCACUCCCUGUCCACACUCCCCUCCUGAACUCACCUGGAAUCUCCAACAAGACUCUCACACACAAACAAAGAAAAACAAAGAUGGAACCUUGACAACUAAAAUCCAGAAGAUCAUCACUCUGUCAGACACACAUGAUGGAUACACCAUCAGAUGUUCUGCCAGAUAUCCUGUGGAUGGAGGAAAACGUUUUAAGACAUCACAGACAGUAAAGACUCUCAGUGUGUCAUAUGCUCCUAAGAACACCUCAGCAUCCAUCAGUCCAGCAGGUUUGGUGUCAGCAGGUAGCUGGGUGAACCUGACCUGCUCCAGCAGAGCCAAUCCUCCCGUCAGCAGCUUCACCUGGUUCAAGAAAAGAGAACAUGGAGACCUGGAAGUAGCUGUAGGAGACUUUUACAGCCUGAAUGUAACAGAUGGAGGAGUUUAUUACUGUGUGGCCUUGAAUGAUGUGGGAAAUCAGACAUCCAAUAACAUUUUUCUCAAUAUCAGAGAUUCCCCUUGGCGACCUACAACUAACAUCUCAUGUGAUCUGGAGAAUGAGCGUGUCACUAUAACCUGCUCAGCUGUCACUCCCUGUCCACACUCCCCUCCUGAACUCACCUGGAAUCUCCAACAAGACUCUCACACACAAACAGAGAAAAACAAAGAUGGAACCUUCACAACUAAAAUCCAGAAGAUCAUCACUCUGUCAGACACACAUGAUGGAUACACCAUCAGCUGUUCUGCCAGAUAUCCUGUGGAUGGAGGAAAACGUUUCAAGACAUCACAGACAGAAGUGACUCUUCGUAUUUCCAGCGUCCUGCCUGACGAUCCGACAAGUACUGCCACAAACCAAGUCGUGUACGUCCUCCUGGGAGGAACCUUUGUCACCGUGGUUUGCCUGCUCGUCUACGUUUGGAAGCUUAAGACGCAUCAAAACCAACCCAAGACUCGGAAACCGGCAGGCGAGACUCUGCAGAUGCCAGACAGUAACACGAGGGAAGAAUGCCUUUAUGAAGAUAUGAAUCGCUUCAAGACGAGACCUGAGCCUGCCGCCAUCUCAAUGCUGGUCAGUGGACGGCAGCGGAAGACGGUGGACCCACAGGACCAAGUGUCAGAGCCAGGAAACCGGUCCACACAGACUCCUGGCAGCGCUGACGCUCUUUAUGCUCAAGUCAGAAAGAAAAAUUGUCUUGUGUAAUGGCACAUUGUA